CUUAAACGUGUGGUGAUUACGGAAGGAGUUUUUAAACCUUUCUGCUUCGAAUAUUGAAAACAGAGUUUUGUGAAAGGGAAAGAAAGUAGAUUAUAGUCAAUAUGAAGUUAUAUUGUUUUUUUCGUCUGUUCACGUCGCUAAUCUUACUUACCAUGGUAGUUGAUAUGGUAUCAGCCAAGAUAACAUUAGAGGACGGUGGGUACAAAGGUGUCGUUGUGGCUAUACAUGAAUCAGUUCCAGAAGAUGAGAAGAUACUAAAUAAUCUGGAGGAGCUCUUCACGAACGCCUCUCAGUUUCUUUACGAUGCCAGCAGAGGGCAUGUGUUUUUUAAAGAAGUGACCAUUGUCGUACCAACAAAGUGGUCGAGUAAGCCUGAAUACGAGAGAAUCGUAAACAACCCUUUUAGCACGGCGGCUGUUAGAGUGGACAAACCUAACCCUGAGUAUGGUAACGACCCCUAUACACUUCAGCCAGGAGGAUGUGGGGAACCCGGAGAAUACAUUCAUUUAACACCAGAAUUUCUGAAGGAAUUACACGGCAACACCACUGAGGUGUAUGGAAGUCCAGAUCGACAGUUUGUACACGAAUGGUCACAUCUCAGAUACGGUGUAUUUGAUGAAUAUGGAAUUGUUGGAGAUCCCAAGUACCCAAUGUUUUAUAAGGAGGAUGGGAAGGUACUACCUACGACGUGUAUGCGCAACAUAACAGGAUGGAUUCAGCCCGUCGAUGGAGGAACUUGUACCCUUUUUGAAGAUGAAUAUCUUGAGGGUGACUGUAAAUUCAUCCCUGACAUUGAGAACCAAGUAGUGAGAGCAUCUCUGAUGUAUAUGCCAUUUAUCAAGUCGAUUGACGGAUACUGUGAUGAUACCCAGGAAAGACUUCAUAAUGAUAAAGCCCCAACGAAACAAAAUGUUUUAUGCGAGUACAAGUCGACGUGGGAAGUUAUAUCUAAACAUCCUGAUUUUUCAACUCCCAGAUCUUCCCAAAUUAAAGAAACAAAGCCAACGUUUCGUAUUCUGCAGAGAGCAGGAGAAAUAGCAGGUCGUUUUGUACUUGUUUUAGAUGUUUCGUUUAGUAUGAAGGGUAGGCCAAUAGAGAUUCUUCACGAAGCUUCUUCGAGAUUAGUUUACGAUUUCAUUCCAAACGGGAGUUAUCUUGGAAUUGUGUCAUUUGGAGGAGAGAGUGAGAUAUCAUACUCUUUAACUCUGGUGACACCUGAAUCAAGACCGUUACUAGGGAGAGCCCUGCCAAGCAGCGGAGAUCUGAUUUCAGCAACGAGCAUAGGGAAGGGACUGAAAGAGGGUAUUCGGGUUUUGAAAAACAGUAGGCAGUCUGUUGAAGGCAGUCUCAUAAUCCUCAUCACAGACGGUGAGGAGAAUACACGACCUUGGAUACAAGAAGUUUUACCCAUCCUGUUGAGAGAAAAGGUUGUAGUUAACGCAAUAGCCUUGGGGAACAAUGCUACGAAGAAGCUUGAGAAUCUAGCGACCUCUACCGGUGGAAAAAAUUACAACUUUUUUGACAUCAAUGGACAAACGCCAUCUAAUUCCUUAGACUCGGCUUUAAUCGACUCUGUCACUUCACAAACUGCAAACGAGCUGCAAGGAGUUCAGAUCACGAACCGAAAUAUAAGAUUGACUCAAAGCAUUAUUGAAGAGAAAGUCAUAAUUGACAAUGAAUUAGGCAAGAAUACUAUUUUCACUGUGAAAAGUAACCUCAUCGAGGUGAUUGACGUCAUGCUGAAGAGCCCUAGUGGAAUGAUUUUCGACAGCACGAGCCCAGAAUAUAACAGAGACAACACUAUUCGGAAAAGGGUCCAAGUGGUGAUCGAAGCAGCAGAGAGUGGAAAUUGGACUGUUUCUAUAUCCAAAUCCACUUUUUCCGAAGUACCCGUUGCCAUCUCUGUAAUCUCUGAACCCAAGGAUGUAAAAGUUCAACCAAUUCGAACACGAGCUUGGAUAAGUAACAUUAAAUUAACUUACCCACAGUCACCAAAAAUAUUUGCAGAAGUGAAGAAAGACUACAAUGUUAUAACUGGUGUUACAGUAUUUGGUACUGUUGAGAGUCCAUCUGGUUCACUUAAACGAAUACAGUUACUGGACGAUGGAGCAGGUGCCGAUAUCAACCACGACGACGGGAUUUAUUCCUCAUAUUUCAACGACUUCGACGGUAAUGGUCGUUAUGCUGUGGUAGCAGAAAUGCAUAACGAGGGAAAUGCUAAAGUCAAAAAGGGGUCGCCGUCAUCACCUGCCAUUGUUAUUCCCAAAUUUAAAAACCCUAAAGACCGUUUCACAAAACCACCAGCAAAUAACUUUACAGCUGAUGAUUUUAUAAUUUCCGAUAAAAAACCGGAUAUACAAGUGCCCGAAGAAGAUGAAUUAGCCUUACCAUUUCAACGAAUUACAGACGCUGGAUCAUUCCGAGUUGAAAAUUUUAAUCCAAUAUCUGGCGAUAUAAUUUCGCCCAAUAGGAUCGUGGAUUUAAAAAUCAUUUCUGCAGGAAAGGUAGAUGACAUAAAUGUAGUUUCUUUAAUGUGGACUUCUCCAGGAGAUGACCUUGAUCAAGGAAAUGCUACAGCUUUAGAAGUACGAGCAGAUAUCAACUUUAAUAACCUUCUAAAAAAUUUUGAUCAGUCUUAUCUCUUCAGCAACGACGAAGUAGUUAACGGUAGCCUGAAACCAGUACCAUCUCGCCAGAAACAACUACUCACUGUACAAAUUCCAGACAACGCUUGGAUGGCUGUGCAUGCAAAUAACACCUCCCUGAAAGACCUGUACUUUGCCAUUAGAGCUGUGGACGACAACUACAACAAAGCAGAAAUAUCAAACAUCGGCUCUGCUCAUUUCUGGAAACUGGCUAUGCCACCUAAAGCGAAAAAACGCAUAAGAUGGUGGCCUAUUGCUAUCGUUGUUGGUGGUUUGAUAGUUCUGAUUUCUAUUAUUGCCAUUUCUGUUUAUUUAUUUCGAAAAAAAAGUGCCAAUCCCAAAACCAGCUGUGAAUAUAGAGCUGUUUAAUAUUGAUUAAGAAAUUAUAACUUUGCAUUAUUUUGAAGACACGAAGACGUGUGAUGUGGGCUUAGUGAAAUACAAACGACUUGGUCAUUUGACCGUUAGCAAGUGUUUAGUGAUGAUGAUGGGUACAUACCGAAGACACGAGUGCACGCGACUCAACGUAAAUGCGUCUUAAAACGUUUUACAAAAUGAUCUCAAGUGAACUAGCAAAAAUAUAUAAAUUUUGCUAAUAGUGUUUGCAUACAGUUUGCUUCAUUUCGUUAAUUGAGUACUUUCAUGCUGCCUUCUGCUCAUUUCCAGGUCAUUGUUCUCAGUGUAAAGUUGUUGUUUUUGUGUAACCCAGAGAGUGCAUGUACUUUAAUGUCCGGUUUAAAGAAUAUAAGGCAUUAAAAUAACAUUACAAUAAUAACUUUAAAGUGUUAAUAAUCACAGUGCAGAUCGCUAAUUACGAUAUCCUGUGUCUAAGCUGUAUUAACAGCCCCUCACUCACCAAAAAACUGUAGACAUUUUUAAACUAUUUCAAUUGUCACAAAGUACAAGUUAAAAGAUAUUUGUAAACUUGACUUAAAUCUUUCAGUAAACGUUUACUACUGUUUAACUAAAACACAUAACUAGUGAAUACACUUUGUGACCUAACAUCUAACCUAUAAUGAAAUUAUAAUAUUACAUUCAGUAAUUAUUAAAUAUUCAUGAUGUCAGAGUUAACGACGAAGCAAGAACUUGGAUUUAGUUUUCUCUCUGAAAAUUGGCUUUAAUGCUCUGCGGGUUACUCGACUCGCAAUCUGAGGGUCGCGAGUUCGAAUCCCAUUACCACUGAACAUGCUCACUCUUUUAGCCAUGAGAGCGUUACAAUGUGACGGUCAAUCUCACCAUUUGUUGGCAAAGAGUAGCCCAAGAGUUGGCGGUGGGUUGUGUGGUGUUUAAUAGCUAUUUUCUCUCUACUUUACUAGGGACGACUAGCGCAGAUGCCCCCCCCCCCAGUGGCACAGCGGUAUGUCUGCGGUCUCACAUCGCUAGAAACCGGGUUUCGAUACCCGUGGUGGGCAGAGCACUGAUAGCCCAUUGUGUA